CGAGGAAAGAAGAUUACAAAGUAAUAUCAAAAAAAGAUUGUAUCACGGAAUUUCUACAAAUUGAUAAGAGAGCACUGAUCGCACACACAAAUAGUGAUAGUUGAUAAAAUUGAUAGUGAAUAAAAUGGAGCAGCCACCGUCAUAUCCUCCACCACCAUUGCCACAACAACCAAAUAUCAUUACAACGAGCCAAGGUUUUGGAUCACACUCACAACAUUUGAUAUGUCCACAUUGCCAUGCUAACAUAUCCACGCGAGUAGAGACGGAAGCGAAUGCAGGAGCAUAUUUGAUAGGAAUAUUUUUUUGUAUUUGCAUAUGCAUCGCCUUCAUAUGUAUGCAUGCAACACAUAAUGUUAGUCCACCAGAUUCUAGCUGCCAUCCUUAUUCUUGUGACUGUUGCUUGGAAACGAAACAUUAUUGUCCAGAAUGCGGCUCUUAUCUCGGAUCGUCCAAUAAUUGUUAAUCUUCUGUUAAUCUAUCACAUAAGAAUACAAAGAGAUAUUGCGGCAUUAUCAUCGAUCGACGUACAGGCGAUGAAAAAAAAAAUUUUGUAUUUUUGUCAUGUAUACUUCAAGUUAAAUUUCAUUUAUUUGUAAUACAUAAAGUCAAAUAUAUUUUGUCUGCAAUGUUUUA